AGAAAAUAAACAAUUCUAAUCUCGUUCUCUACCUCACUAUCUCAGAUCUUUCUCUCUCUUAAACCAACCCCCACCUAUCAGUCUCUCCUAUCACCGCCACUACUUCCAUUGACAACCCUAAUUAUACUUAAAAGAAUAAUUGACUUAGCCUGUGUUCAUCCUUUAUCUUCUCAACAAAUGAUUCCCAAACUUUCCCUUUCCUUCUCAACCUGCCACCCCUUCAUCGCCCUAAAUUCAUUCAAGAAAUCAAUACAACCCCCCACCUUAUUCUACGGCCUUACUGCGCUGAAAAAAAAAACUAAAUUCAUCGCUAUGCUUUCUCUUUUCGAUACACCUUUUUCACCGCAUAAACACUCGAAACCAAACUAGAUCGGAAAAAUUGUUUCACUUCAGUAAAAUUAGAUCUCACAAAACCUGGUCAUCACUUGCCAUCCACAACCAUCUCCAUCCCAAAAUCCGAACCUGUAAGCAAGAGGAUCAUCAGUUGAGUUCGAAUUUAGGGCUGGAACCGGAUGACGUUGAGCAUCGGACUUGAGAUUCUUCAAAUUGUUGAUUUUAUCGACCAAAUCAAGUGUUCCUACUGGAGUAGCGACCUGAGGAAGUAGCGGCAACCUAAGUGGAGUUCAACAAGGGUGUCGAUUCAACCAGGAAUAUGACAACGAUGACGAUAACGGCUUCCGCUAACAUAGAUGAUGAUGUUUCGGAUAUGAUGAUGACGACUUCCGCUGUCCGGAUGUCCAACAUAGUGGUAUCAGAGCCACGGUGGGAAAUCGAUGAAGAUCGAUCGAUAUUAUACGAUUUCGGGCACAUCCGGAUGAAGAACAAAAACAGGGGAUAUGGAGACGGACAAGAAUCCAAUCCCGAUCGCACGAUUUCGCGAUCACGAAUGUUCGCAAGAAUGAAGCGAAAUAUUCUAAUGAAAUUAGAAAUCGAAAUCGAGUUACUGGAACGAGAACCGGAAUGGUUUAAUGUUCACGGUAAUGAAGGUAUGAAACAACAGGAGAUGUUUAAUGUUCAUAAGAACAGAGAAAAGGAACGAGAACCGGAAUGGUUGGAAAUCGCAGAAUUACACGUUCCCGGGAAGAGACGGAUGAUAAAGAGGAACGAACGACGAAGGAAGGAUCUUACGAAGAAGCGAUGUUACUAUUGUCAUGAUAUGGGACACUUAAUUGCCUUCUGCAAAUUAAAAGAACAUGACAAUGCAACCGGAAUUCAGCGAACGAGGGCAGAGUACGACGUCACCGGCACAGAACAUGGAUUAUGGGCAGAUAUAUGGAAUGAAUGUUGUCACCGGAUUAAUAAGAGUAGAGGAGUUAGGAGAAAGAGAAAGAAGAAGAAGAUGCAAACUAUGGAUGAAGGCCCUGUACAUGAAGAACAAUCUGUGGAUGAAGGCCCUGUACAUGAAGAACGAACUAUGGAUGAGGCCAACAAAAGUGUUCUCAAGCACUCUCUAAAACUGAAUUAAGUUUAGGGGAGUGUGUUGGAAUAUUAAACUUAAUUUAGUUAUUUUAUUAUGUAUUAAGUGUAAUUAGGAUAAUUAAAGUUAUUAUUAUGUAUGUAUCUAAAGAUAUGAAUGAACGGAAACGUUGGUUGGUUGACACCGUUUCAAGUGACGGUUACUCCCGCCAAACAUUACCGUAUAUAUAUGUACCUACCGGCAAUUUGUUCGAUACCAAGAUAUUCAAUUCAUAAUAUCCAUUUCAGUUUUCUUUUGUCUAUUUUUCUGUACAACACACACACAAACAGGAAUAUGACAACGAUGACGAUAACGGCUUCCGCUAACAUAGAUGAUGAUGUUUCGGAUAUGAUGAUGACGACUUCCGCUGUCCGGAUGUCCAACACUUAGGCCUAAGCAUCGAGCCAAUACGGGAUACACAAUUACACAACACUGAUUCCUUUCAUAAUAUGUACCAAUUAUGUAUUAUGUAUAUUCUUGUUAUAUACAUAACAUUAUGUGUGUGUUUCACAUUGCAGAUGUCACGUUGAUUUAUUAUUUUGCUUUAGCGACUCUUGUAAAAGUGAUUUAUGAGUCAUGUGUUAUAAUGAUAUGAGAUGGGUUUACGGGCAUCGUGGCAUGCAUGUCAUGUGGUACCCAUUUGGUAUUAUUGAUACUCCCCUCAUAAUAAUUUUGUGUUGUACCUUUGGCAUUACUGAUAAUUGGCAAAAGUGGGUAGGGGCCAAAUAGUAUGGGCAAGAGAAGAGGACUUCUUUUGAUCAAUAAGUUAAAGGUAUCCUAUUAUAUAUCUCUCAAAACACUAAACACAUAUGGGUGUUUUAAUGUGCUUUAAGACAACCGUAAUAACUAGUAAGAAAUACAUAACAAACUCUAGUUAUGAUUAUUGUGAUUCAAUAAUGAUUAAAAUUUAUGAAAUUGAUUACAAUUGGAGUGAAUGGUAUGUGGUUCCAACAAUCAGUUGUAAAAGAAAUUAAGAAGGAAAUCCAGAAAGAAUUUUAGAAAAAAAAAAAAAAAAAAAA